AUGAGCGGGGCUCUGUUGGGCAGAGAGAGAAAGAGACGGCUAAUGAACUAUUACGAGGCUUCUGCCUCAGUAGCAGGGAGAAUGGUGAUCUUCUCCAGCCAGGCAUAUAAGGAGUUCCCUGCCUUGUUCGAUAUUGAAACUCUCGUAAGUGAAUCAUCGCUCUAGGUUUUUGACAGGGAAAGAUACCCUUUUCACAGUGACAGAAACCAAAGAAAAAUUGUAAAGGUUGAAGUUGGAGGGUGUUUAAUUCAGUAUUUCAUGGAUGUUUCCAAAGUUGCAUUUGAGAGGUGGAUUGUUGUCAUCCAGCGUAGCUGGUCACUUCUCCCCUGCAAGCCUUGUGUUCUCAGACAGAGGCUGCUGGGUAUAGUAGGUUUCUGAAGGAGCUCUGUUUGUUUUCAGUCUGUCUGUUCACUCGAGCUGCUCUCUGCUCACUUUCAGAGUUCCCACCAACACGCCUCUGCAGACAGAAACACGGACAGGCCGUCAAGGUAAGUCAGAUCCCUCCCUCUCUAUUAAACAACCAUUGAUUCUCGAGAGUCUAUAGCAAAUUACGAUGACACAUUUUAAACCAAAUGAACCAGAUUCUUUGCUUUACGUGGAGUUUGUCAGGCAGCACCGUACUCAGUGUACUGUAUAUAUGGAGCGGUGUGCUCUGAGUGGGACAGCUGGAAUAGCCAUGCCCUUGAGUGCUGUCAACUCAGACAUGAAUCUCAGCCCCCCGCCACCUCUUCCACUGUGACCAGCCAAGGCCAAUCUAUACUUGUCAUGACUCCACAGCUCUCUGUGGGUGUACUGUAAUACAUAUUAACUGUAACUGUAUGCAUACAGUCAGCAGACAACUGUUAUCUGAAGAAGAGUUGUUGAUGAGGCUCACAUUCACAGCCUCAUAGUGGAGAAUUAUGUUUCAUCCCAUGGGGAGGAUUGGUUUGUGUGUGGACUACUGGUCAUUUUAAAGACCCAUUAGGGGGCAUGUUGUUGUUGGGCAAAAUAACAGUAAACCGAAGUUGAUGAUGUAUGAAAAAAAUAAUGUAAGCACUUUACUGUUGGUCUAUUUUGAUUCCAAUACCAGUUAGCUUGAAUGAAUGUGUGACAGACUCAGGACCUAACCUAUCUAUCUGUGUCCACAGCUCAACCAGUGACUACAGGAAGAGGAGGAAGUCCGAGCUAGCGGCCCAGCAGCCAAGACCAGCCAUCAUCCUGACCACCAGCCACAGUACAUCCAGCAGCCUGCCAGGGCCCAAUAGUACCACCAGCCAGAACCCAGUCUCCUGGCCUGUAGAACCCCCCCGUAGCAGCAGUUACAGCAGCGGCCUCAACUCCUCAGGACGGCCCUCUGAACCCCCACGUAGCAGCAGUUACAGCAGCGGUCUCCGCAAGCCUGUGGCAAGCUCCUCCCCUGCCUCCCCCUCCAGAGCCAAAGGUAGGUCCCAGCAACACACCACUUCUGAACCACACUGGUUUGGUAGAACUGGGAGAAGACAGAUACUGACACAGACAGUAUCAACAGUCACUUAGACUGUUUUAUUUCUUUCAAUUCAAAAAGCAGUGUAAUGUUCGGCUUGAAUGAGAAGUUUAAAGUGUAGUGCAUGCUUUGUGCGUUAAUCUAUGAGUGCUAUAGAACAAAGUACUUUAUUUCCUCUGUGUACUAUUUCCUCUCUGUGGCUAACAACUGUCUGUCACCCUGCUAUGUAUCGACAUUAGAUUCUUAUCAGCCUUUUUUUAUUGUGUUUCUCUGAGUGUCUCUCUAACCCCCUCUGUCCUCAGCUCUUACUGGCUGGUUUCCACAUGAACCUGUUAAUGUCUUCUCAUGUCUCUCUCUUACCAUGCUGCUCUUGGUGGAUAUACCUUAAGGUGGGGAUAUUAGCAACACAUACUCAGCCCAUUUCAGUUGUCCAGGUUCCAACCACAAUACCUCACAUGACUCAGUGUUUCCUUGUCUUAAUGAUGAGGCUGUUGACUGUGUUGAGCCUCCUGAGGGCUCUGGUGUGUGUCUGAAGAACGGCUGGCAGGCUCAUGACCAAAUCCAGAACGUUGAGGCCUGGAGCUCUGCCGAGGAAAAGCCAGCCUCUCCCAAACUCAAGUCCUGGAGCUGUGACAACCUCCUGACGGAAGAUAGAGGAUGUCCAGGAGGUUCUGUAGGUCCACAGGUUCGCUCAGAGAGUGUAGACUUCCUGUCACGUGAGCAGAAGGAGGGCAAGGAUCACAGCGUCUGUGACAGCCCCCAGAAAGAGCGGACCCAGCACCACUCGGCCCAUGAUGCACCAGGCUUCCUCAAGCUGUACAAGAAGAUGCACCACAUCAACAGGCAGGAUCUGAUAGGCUCCCAGAGCUCCCAGGUCAUCUGCUCUGUGAAAGCCCGGAUCCUGGAGUACGAGAGCGAGCUGCACAAGGACCGGCUGACCGGCUGGAGGGGCUACAGCGAAGAAGUGCCCCAGGACAUGGUGCACGACAGGAUCUCUGAGUUCGAGAGUCUCAUCCAGAAGUCCAAGUCCAUGCCCAACCUAGGGGGUGGGGGUGAGGGUGAGGCUACCCCAGGGGGCCCGUCGGGGAGGGGCAGCAGCCCCCAGCGACGCUUCUCCAUCGAGUCCCUGCCCGACAAAGACCCCCCUGCCAGGAACCCCCCUGAGGGCCAGCCACACUACCCCAGGAUCAACGCCCACACUACUCACAACACCCACAACUGUGUGCCCAUCCACAUCCAGAUCACUGGAGACCACCACCACGUCUACCCCCAGAGACCAGCCUCCCAGCAGGAAGUGUACUCAGACAGUGACCACGACGCUAUCAGGUCCAACCUCAGUGACUUCAUCCAGAUAGAGGGAUCUUCCUUCUGUAGCGAGAGUGACUACGACCGCUGCUCUCGGACGUCUUCUGAGAGCCCUUACGGCUCAGGCCACCAUCACCAUCACCACCACCGUCAUCAUAACCUUAACCAUAACCAGCAGAAGCACCUGGUCAGCAACUGUAAGGGCCGAUGCCCUGCCUCCUACACACGCUUCACCACCAUGCUCAAACACGAGAGGGCCAAGCAGCUAACAGCCGAGGACCCAGAAUCAGCUCAGUCCAAGCUGGCCUUCCUGGUGAGUCCGGUACCAUUCAGGAGGAAGAGGGGCUCCCCUCCGCACAGCCACAGGCAGGCCGGCUCCACCCGCAGCAGGCCCCCUCCCCGCUAUAAGAGCUCCAUGUACGAGGCGCUGGACGAGGCCCUGUGGGACAUCUAUGAACACAUCCGGGCCGAGAGGAGGAGGGGCAGCCUGCCUGACAACAGUAUCCUCCACAGGCUCCUGGACGAGCUGCUGCCAGACAUCCCAGAGAGGAGCUCCUCCCUCAGGGCCCUGUGCAGACACAGCCCCAUCCCUGGGCCCCAGAGUCUGGAGCAGGAGCAGCCUUACUCCUCUCAGCCUGAUGGCAUGCCCAGCCCAGCCUGCUACCAGCCUGAGUAUAGCCGCCUCUCACACAGUGCCUCCUAUCACCUCACAGACCCCAACAACAACAGCCAUGUCUGUGAAGAAGACUGCUACCAAGGUGGAUGGUUCUCAUAAACACACCUCCCACCUCCCAUCUCCCCAGACCCACCUCUUUCUCACCCUACGGGUCGUUGUAGAGUGCUGUAGUUUGAGUUCAUUCCAUUUCCACUGCUGUCCCCUGCACCACUACCAUUCUCCACCCGUCUUGUGAGCAUUGUUCUUGAGUAGUGACCUGUCAGUGGUUCCAUCUUCUGGAAUGUCUGAGAAGCAUGAUUCCCUCCAGCAAGUCAUCCCACCCUAACUCUGUUGUAUUCAUCAAGUCAUCCCCCCUAACUCUAUUGUAUUCAUCAAGUCAUCCCCCCCUAACUCUGUUGUAUUCAUCAAGUCAUCCCCCCUAACUCUGUUGUAUUCAUCAAGUCAUCCCCCCUAACUCUGUUGUAUUCAUCAAGUCAUCCCCCCCUAACUAUGUUGCAUUCAUUCUUGCAGGUUAUUCAUAUUUUCUCAUAUGAUGUUGGUUAUUUUUUCUCCCCAACAUUUGUCUUUUUUUUAAUGUAUUCUGCCAUCAUUAUUUUAUGUCAUCAUUGGAAGUUAGCCUCUUCGCUCCGGGAGAGCUGUACACAUGGUCUGGUCUCUGGUUGACCUAUUUCUGAGAAACAUUUCCCGUCACCUAGAAUCUGGAAUGCCGUACCAGUCGAUACGGGCGAUACAGUGUGUGAAAAUAAACCUUUAUAAGGCAUUCGUGUGCUUGAGUCUUUGUCCACAGCUCAGUCAACAUGAAGCACACCACAGGACUACUCUAUAGAGAUGCAUCCGUGUGUCUCGUCUAAAAACUUCUGCUAAUAGAAAUAGCAGGGGACAUGUGACUGGAGAGCAGCUGAGGUGGGCAGUCUAAAAAGGGUUCUGUGGGAUGUUGGUAUGGGGAGAGACAGAGACUCCUCUCCUAUAAAUGUGCAUCUGUUUUUUCUCAGAGGAGAGAUGGGGUAUAUCAAUCUGUGUGUCUGCUUUAUAGCACGUAGUAGGAUUAUUUUUGUCUGUAUCCUGUCUGUGGUUUUGGCACAGCACAUAGUGUGUCUGUUCCUACUGGUGGGAGAAAUAUCUAAUAGCUGUUGGCCUGAUUAUUGAAACUCCAUUUGCAGGACCAUUGAGCAGAGUAUGCAGGCCCACUUUUACUUGACAAACGAUCCCAAGCAGAGAGAGGUUUUCUGGCAGCAGUCCCCACUAAGACCACAUCAGCACCCAGAGCUGAGCUGCAGUAUAAAUACUUGUGGGUGGCAGGUGGCCUAGCGGUUAAGAGAGUUGGGCCAGUAACUGAAAGGUUGCUGGUUCGAAUCCCUGAACCGAAUAGGUGAGAAAUCUGUCGAUGUGCCCUUGAGCAAGGCACUUAACCCUAAUUGGUCCUUUACACGGAGUGUACAAAACAUUAGGAACACCUUCCUAAUGUUGAGUUGCACCUCCCCCCUUUUGCCCUUAGAACAGCCUCAAAUCGUCGGGGCAUGGACUCUACACGGGGUCGAAAGCGUUCCACAGGGAUGCUGACCCAUGUUGACUCCAAUGCUUCUCACAGUUGUGUCAAGUUAGCUGGAUGUCCUUUGGGUGGUGGACCAUUCUUGAUACACACGGGACUGUUGAGCGUGAAAAACCCAGCAGCGUUGCAGUUCUUGACACAAACCGGUGCGCCUGGCACCUACUACCAUACCCCGUUCAAAGGCACUUAAAUAUUUUGUCUUGCCCAUUCACCCUCUGAAUGGCACACAUACACAACCAUAGCUUUCACCUGGAUUCACCUGGUCAGUCUAUGUCAUGGAAAGAGCAUGUGUUCCUAAUGUUUUGUACACUCCGUGUAAGUCGCUCUGGAUAAGAGCGUAUGCUAAAUGACUAAAAUGUAAAUGUCCAUCCAGGGUGUUUGUUUCUGCUGGAUAUAAAUGUUAUUGUUUAGAUGGAGCUUUGGAGUCAUUGAGAGAGACAGGCUCGCUACGGAAAAUAAUGUACGUCAACAUAACUGGAUACAUUUGUAUGGCACCCUAUACCCUACUCAUGGUCUACUGGCCUUAAAGAGAGCUGGAGGGAAUACAGUAGAGGACAGGGCUCUAUACCUUUCUGAAGUGGAGGGUGGUCGAGUUGACAGUCUGUUACCCAUACCAUACAGUAGGUUAGAUAAGUGUUUAUAUUUUUUCUGUCGUUUUAUUUUGAUUAAUCUCAUUAUUUAGCUAAGAGACCUCUUUUUGAUACUCUCAUACCCUUGCCAUCGACUCCUCCCUUGCAUGUUAAGUGUCUGUAGCGUCUGUUCCUCUCUGUUCCUCACUGUGGCCUUCUCUCCCUCUCUCACAGACCAGGAACCCUCCAGGGGCCACUCCUACGCUGAUGGGGGCCGCCACCCCCCCCAGAGCAGGAUGCCAACCCCUGAAGUCAGAGAGGUAAACAAUUAUAUUUGGCCUCUGAUUAUAUUCAACACUGAUAGAGGGAUGCAAUGAUUUAUUGUUUCUUUCCAUGCCCUCAACGGAAACAGCCAGCCAGAGCCAUAUAUGACUUCAAGGCACAGACAGUGAAGUAAGUACAGAUCAAACACAACAUUUGCUAGUAUUUCAGAUGAAUACAACAAUGGCAUAUCCCUCAGCCAUGACACUAAUGGUCCAUGUGUUGUGCAGGGAGCUGUCGUUCAGGAAGGGGGAGACGGUGUACAUCGUCAGGCAGAUCGACAACAACUGGUAUGAAGGAGAGCACCGUGGACUGGUGGGGAUCUUCCCCAUCUCCUAUGUGGAGGUUAGUGUCUGCUCUCUACUCUCCUCUCCUCUUGUCCUCGCUCAUCUCUCCUCUCUUCCUCUCUCCUCUCCUCUCUUCCUCUCUCCUCUCCUCCUGUUCUCUCUCUUCUUCUGGCUGUCUCAAUGUGGGUUUUCAAUGCACACUAUUGAAUAACUUUGAGUUCAUAUUUGUCCCAUAUCCUGAACCCACAGCCUAUCUCUCUCUCUCUCUCUCUCUUUAUUCUUUAGAAAAUCCCUGUCUGUAAGAAGCAGCAGCCAGCCAGACCUCCCCCGCCAGCCCAGGUCAGAGAGAUUGGUGAAGCAGUGGCUCGCUACAACUUCAACGCUGACACCAACGUGGAGCUCUCACUGAGAAAGGCAAGUCUCUCCGCUGUCACUGCAUAACUUUGACUCUCAAAUAGUCUGACUGUAUAUAAUUCUCAUCCCCUCAGUGUCUACAAUUAAACAGACUUAUAUCUGUGUGUGUCUGUCUGACAGGGUGAGAGGGUGAUUCUGCUGAGCCAGGUGGACCAGAACUGGUAUGAGGGGAAAAUCCCAGAGAGCAACAAGCAGGGCAUCUUCCCCGUGUCCUACGUAGACGUAGUGGUCAAGAAGUCCCCCGCCGCCAACAACCCCGCCCACCACUACCUAGAACCCUCCUCUUUACCCCAGAGCCUAUCCGCUGACAGGAUUCACCCUGUGGGCUCGGCCAAGGUACAAUGAUCCCAAAUGGCACCCUAUUCUGUAUAUAGUGCACUACUUUUGACCAGAGCCCUAUAGGCCUUGGUCCAUAGUAGUGCACCGUAAAGGGAAUGAGGUGCCAUUUAGAAGGCAUACAAUAUAUCCACUUGGCAUUUACAAUCUACCGUCAGACUACCGGUCUUAUAUAGCUCGUGAAUGUACUGCAUGUGACUUUUAGUAAGUGAUCGGUUUUGAAGAGAGGCAUAGUAGAGUACUUUGUCUCAGUUAGAACAUUCUAGAACUAAGGGUGGUCUUCUCAGCUGUCUUGUUAUGCAUAUAUUAGCAUUGGGGAGCUGUUGUCCUAGCGUGACAAUAGGAUACGCUUCUUACACCAGCCACCAAUCCAUCAGGCUUCUUACACCAGCCACCAAUCCAUCAGGCUUCUUACACCUGCCACCAAUCGUUAUGGUUUAGUCUAACUCAAUCCUCGACAAACCCACACUGUACACACACUGAGUUUCUCUACGUUUAAAAGGGCCAUAGGUUGAGAGGGGAGAUUUGUGAUGGCGACACCAUGACAUUCAUUGUGGAAGCCUUGGUUUCCAUUAACCUGCUUAAUAGAGACCUCUGUGGGUGGGAGAGCUACCAGCUGCUGCUUCUCCAAUAAGACGUGACAGGCCCAGUUCACAUUUCACACUUCAUCCACAGACUUGGCAGCAACAGGGCAGGCUGCACUAGUUUAGUCACACUGUCAUUGCUAUCUGGGAUCCUUGGGAUGUCCCAACCCCAUUGAAGUUGACAUUUAAAAUGGUUACGGUAAGGGUUAAGUUUAGGGUUACGUAAGGGUUAUGGUUAAGGUAAGGAUUAGGAUAAGGGUAGGGUUUAAGGUUAGGGUUUAGGGUAAGGACCAGGGUGGGAAAUUAACACCAACCACCAGCCACCAGCCAAAUGCUGGUAGAUUUUGGCAUUGGCUGGUAGAAUGUCUAUGUUUACCAGCCACAUUGGCGAGUGGUCACAGAGCAUUUGGGAGCAUCUUUCUCCAAUCCAAAAUUCCACAUGUAUAAAAGUGUGUGUGUGUGGGAGCUCUGAAAGAGAGAAUCUCAAUGCUACAGUGGUGAAAACGGAGUGGCGUACAGUGUUUUCUGGGAUUUAUCUUAGUUAUUUAUUUUUGGUCAAAUUUGGGCAUCAGAUAGCACUAACCCCCAGGUAAGCCUCUGUAUCUUUAGCACCUGUCUCUUUAUGUGUCAGUGACCUCAAAUAACCUGACUGGAGUAGAGUCAACAUUGGUAAAUAGAUUUCAGAAACAACAACAGUCUCUGUCCUAUACAUUCUGACCUGGCCAUUCCCCUCACGUUCUGUUCUGCCAUAUGUUUCUGUACUCUCUCUCUUUUUCUCCCAAGCCUUCAUCCACGCGCUCUCGCUUCAGUCCCUCCUCGCCUUCCCUCUCCUUCAGGACACCCCGCUCCUCCCUGUCCUCAUCCCCCUCCCCCAGUACCCAGAGGGCCCACCUGCAGGCUAUCACCAAUGAUUGGAUAAACCUGACCCUGGGCCUAUCCCCUUCCUGCACCCCAGCCCCCACUCCUCCCCCGUACCCUAACAGCAGCCUGCUGGCCGACCUGGAGGCCCUCAGCACCCUGGUGUCCCCCUCCCCCUAUCCAGCCCCCGGCCAUCGCCUGGUAUCCCCCUCCCCAGCCCCCACCUUUGGAUCCGUCCCCUCGACACCACGCAACCUCACCCCUUCCCUCAGAGAGGGCCACUUUAUCCCCAUCACCUCCCCCAAGGCUCCCAUCUACCCCUGCUCCCCAGAACCCAGCCCCUCCCCGCUACCCUCCCUCCCCACCACCUCUGGCGGCACCUCUUUCACCUCAUCACCCACCUCUCCCAUGUUUUGGAGCCCCAAGUAUGGCAGCGUGGUCGACUUGUCUCAGAUUCAGAACAACACCAGCAUCAAGCCAAUAAUAGACUCACAACAGGAGAAACCGUUCGACCCCCUCUCAGACCCAGCGGCCCUGUCGCCCACCUCCCCAAAGGCCUGCAGUCCCAUCAAUCUGGUGGUGUACGAGCCCAGCGACUGCCCCUCUCACACCGACCCCCCAUCUCAACGCGAGAACAUAGUAGAGCUAAAUCAGUUUAUCUCUACGGAGCACAAUCUCUCCACUAAAGAGAUUAAUCAGUUCAUGGAUAACAACCUCUCCACUAAAGAGAUUAAUCAGUUCAUGGAGGACUCCAUUAAAGACCAGGUAGUGGACCAGGAACAGGAAGAUGACCUUUGUGAGGAGCUGGUGUCCAUCAUUCAGGGGGGUGACCAAUCCAAAGGGGACUUUUCUUCCCAGGGGGAGGGGUUUUACAGACAAGCAUCAGACGUGACGGAGGAGCUUCCCAAGCUCUUCAUAGAGGAGGAGCCUGCUGAGAGCAGGCAGAUGGCCCCACCUUAUAAUACCUUUACCCCUGUGUGUAGAGAAGGGGCAGAACAGGACAAGGUAGAGCCCUCCCUGGUGUGACCUGUGUGUCCUAACCUGACAAUGCUGUGCAAACGUUUUUGCUUCCACUAACCCAACAUUAACUUAUUUUAAAUUUGAGGCAACUUUUUUCCAACUGAUUUUUUUCUGAAAGAAAGAAUGGAUUCUUGUUAUGUCUGGUUAGCCAGAUUGUUAUGUCUGGUUAGCCAGAUUGUUAUGUCUGGUUAGCCAGAUUGUUAUGUCUGGUUAGCCAGAUUGUUAUGUCUGGUUUGUUUGCCACUCUCAAAAUAGAACUUAGAUGGGUGUGUGUGUGUAGCCCGUAACACACUUUUCCUUUUGGUCUCUCUGUCACCAGGCCGAUGUUUCUCAGGGUGCCUCUGUACGCCUCACCUCCCCUCCCUCCCAGCAGUUCACCAUCUCCACCCUCCCCACCUCGACCACCUCACCCAAAACCUUGUCUCCCCUCGACUCUCCCUGCACCACCCCUCCACUUCCGGGGGUGCUACACUCUCCCUCUCCCUAUAACAAACAGUACCCCCGCCUGGAGCCUAGGUCCCCCAAGGUCAAGGUAAAGACAAGGUGCCUGUUUGACAUCAUGUCAUGACAACUAACUCCUCCCCUUCCCCAAAUUCUCCUCUCUAACAAUAACAUACUGUAACAUCCUCGCUAAGUUACUGACUACGCCUAUAACCCUUACUUCACUCUAUUCUCUGUGGUACUGAUACUGUCUUUAGUUUUUAGUUCUCUUUACUUUACACUGUCAUCUUUGGUCAGUACUGCUAUUGGUUGGUUCAUAAAUACAGGACUAUGUUACAAUACUACUGUAACAUGCUUAGUCUAGAUAAAUGAAUCACUGUAUGUUAGGUAACAGAUCUUUAAACAGUUGCAGUUCUAUAAAAUGGUUGAAAAGUAAGUAACAUGGCUGCCAGAGAGUCCUUGUAUACUAAUUUUUGUUUUCACUCCAAGGCCGUAUCCACAAAGCAUCUCAGAGUAGAAGUGCUGAUCUAGGAUUUGUCCAGAUAAUCUGAUUUAUUAUUAACUUAAAGGCAAAACUGAUCCUAGAUCAGCACUCCUACUCUGAGACCCUUUGUGGAUACGGGCCCAGGUCUCAUACCAGUCUCCUCCUAGCAUAGAUAUUACUCUUACUGUCAUUAAAGGUAGACUCAGCGAUAUGAAGUAGAUCCGUAAUGUAAACGGCAUAGUGGGUCAACUCUAACAGCGUGAAGCGAACACGUGCACAUGCGCAGAUACUGUGUUUGACUUGUGAGAGCGAAGUCUUGCAUCUCGCUCAUUUCAAUAUCUGCAGUGCUGCUCGUGAGUCUACCUUUAAAUUAGCUUUAGAAGCUUUCCUUUCUCACCCCUUGCAGACGGACUAAAUACAGUUGAAGUCGGAAGUUUACAUACACUUAGGUUGGAGUCAUUAGAAAUUCGUUUUCCAACCACGCCACAAAUGUCUUGUUAACAAACUAUAGUUUUGGCAAGUCGGUUAGGACAUCUACUUUGUGCAUGACACAAGUUAUUUUUCCAACAAUUGUUUACAGACAGAUUAUUUCACUUAUAAUUCACUGUAUCACAAUUCCAGUGGGUCAGAAGUGUACAGACACUAAGUUGACUGUGCCUUUAAACAGCUUGGAAAAUUCCAGAAAAUGAUGUAAUGGCUUUAGAAGCUUCUGAUAGGCUAAUUGACAUCAUUUGAGUCAAUUGGAGGUGUACCUAUUAUUAUAAUAAUAAUAAUAAUAAUAAUAAUAUGCCAUUUAGCAGACGCUUUUAUCCAAAGCGACUUACAGUCAUAUGUGCAUACAUUUUUACGUAUGGGUGGUCCCGGGGAUCAAUCCCACUACCCUGGCGUUACAAGCGCCAUGCUCUACCAAUUGAGCUACAGAGGACCACAUACCUGUCGAUGUAUUUCAAGGCCUACCUUCAAACUCAGUGCCUCUUUGCUUGACAUCAUGGGAAAAUCAAAAGAAAUCAGCCAAGACCUCAGAAAAAAAUGUGUACACCUCCACAAGUCUGGUUCAUUCUUGGGAGCAAUUUCCAAACGCCUGAAGGUACCACGUUCAUCUGUAUUAACAAUAGUACGCAAGUAUAAACACCAUGGGACCACGCAGCCGUCAUACCGCUCAGGAAGGAGACGCGUUCUGUCUCCUAGAGAUGAACGUACUUUGCUGCGAAAAGUGCAAAUCAAUCCCAGAACAACAGCAAAGGACCUUGUGAAGAUGCUGGAGGAAACAGGUACAAAAUUAUCUAUAUCCACAGUAAAACGAGUCCUAUAUCGACAUAACCUGAAAGGCCGCUCAGCAAGGAAGAAGCCACUGCUCUAAAACCGCCAUAAAAAAGCCAGACUACGGUUUGCAACUGCACAUGGGGACAAAGAUCAUACUUUUUGGAGAAAUGUCCUCUGGUCUGAUUAAACAAACAUAGAAUUGUUUGGCCAUAAUGACCAUUGUUAUGUUUGGAGUAAAAAGGGGGAGCUUGCAAGCCGAAGAUAACCAUCCCAACCGUGAAGCACGGGGGUGGCAGCAUCAUGCUGUGGGGGUGCUUUGCUGCAGGAGGGACUGGUGCACUUCACAAAAUAGAUGGCAUCAUGAGGAAGGAAAAUUAUGUGGAUAUAUUGAAGCAACGUCUCAAGACAUCAGUCAGGAAGUUAAAGCUUGGUCGCAAAUGGGUCUUCCAAAUGGACAAUGACCCCAAGCAUACUUCCAAAGUUGUGGCAAAAUGGCUUAAGGACAACAAAGUCAAGGUAUUGGAGUGGCCAUCACAAAGCCCUGACCUCAUUCCUAUAGAAAAUUUGUGGGCAGAACUGAAAAAGCGUGUGCGUGCAAGGAGGCCUACAAACCUGACUCAGUUACACCAGCUCUGUCAGGAGGAAUGGGCCAAAAUUUACCCAACUUAUUGUGGGAAGCUUGUGGAAGGCUACCCGAAACGUUUGACCCAAGUUAAAAAAUGUAAAGGCAAUGCUACCAAAUACCAAUUGAGUGUAUGUAAACUUCUGACCCACUGGGAAUGUGAUGAAAGAAAUAAAAGCUGAAAUAAAUCAUUCUCUUUACUAUUAUUCUGACAUUUCACAUUCUUAAAAUAAAGUGGUGAUCCUAACUUACCUAAAACAGGGAAUUUUUACUAGAAUUAAAUGUCAGGAAUUGUGAAAAACUGAGUUUAAAUGUAUUUGGCUAAGGUGUAUGUAAACUUCCGACUUCAACUGUAUACUGCUGCUUCAUACAGAGCUGGGAGACAGAGAACACCAAAGAUGGUUACAUUUCAAACUUAUCAGUUACACAGUAAGAUAUAUAUGAUCUGGUUUAAUGCACAAUAUAAUUUUAUAGAAAUAGUGUUUAACUUUGAUGACAAGUUUGGUUCCCCAGUUGUUGCCUGUUAAUCCCCUGGUAUGUCCUUUUGUGUGAGUGUGUGAGUGUGUGUGUGUGUGUGUGUGUGAUCAGAGUGGUAAGAGUGUAUGUUUGAGUAGUCUUCUCUGAUUGUAACUCCUGGUUGUGGUCCUUUCAGCCUGUAAAGCGUGAGGUUGUUGUUGUGGGUAAGCCCCCUCGUAGCCCUGUGAUGUCUCGGAGGUCCUGCGGCUCGCCCAGUAGAGCCCAGAGCUAUUCCCCGUCUCAUAGGGUAGGGCUGCUACCCACUAUGCACCUUGUGUGACAUCAUCGUACGUUUGAGUUACUAGGAAACAGAGUCCUCUUUAAAGUUCAUUUAUCCCGUCGUUACUGUUCAUAUUUCAUCAACAUAUCUACCACAUAUAUACAACACUCUCACACAUAUGGUCUGUAAAAAUACAACCUCCUAGAUAUGAAGAGAUUAAUACAGUGCCUUGCAAAAGUAUUCAUCCCCCUUGGCGUUUUUCCUAUUUUGUUGCAUUACAACCUGUAAUUUAAAUGGAUCUUUAUUUGUAUUUCAUGUAAUGGACAUACACAAAAUAGUCCAAAUUGGUGAUGUGAAAUGAAAAAAAUUACUUGUUUCAAAACAUUCAAAAAAAUUAAUAACGGAAAAGUGGUGCGUGCAUAUGUAUUCACCCCCUUUGCUAUGAAGCCCCUAAAUAAGAUCUGGUGCAACCAAUUACCUUCAGAAGUCACAUAAUUAGUUAAAUAAAGUCCCCCUGUGUGCAAUCUAAGUGUCACAUGAUCUGUCAUAUGAUCUCAGUAUAUAUACACCUGUUCUGAAAGGCCCCAUAGUCUGCAACACCACUAAGCAAGGGGCACCACCAAGCAAGCGGCACCAUGAAGACCAAAGAGCUCUCCAAAGUUGUGGAGAAGUACAGAUCAGGGUUGGGUUAUAAAAAAAUAUCAGAAACUUUGAACAUCCCACGGAGCACCAUUAAAUCCAUUAUUAAAAAAUGGAAAGAAUAUGGCACCACAACAAACCUGCCAAGAGAGGGCCGCCCACCAAAACUCACGGACCAGGCAAGGAGGGCACUAAUCAGAGAGGCAACAGAGAGACCAAAGAUAACCCUGAAGGAGCUGCAAAGCUCCACAGCGGAGAUUGUAGUAUCUGUCCAUAGGACCACUUUAAGCCGUACACUCCACAGAGCUGGGCUUUACGAAAGAGUGGCCAGAAAAAAGCCAUUGCUUAAAGAAAAAAUAAGCAAACACGUUUGGUGUUCGCCAAAAGGCAUGUGGGAGACUCCCCAAACAUAUGGAAUAAGGUACUCUGGUCAGAUGAGACAAAAAUUGAGCUUUUUGGCCAUCAAGGAAAACACUAUGUCUGGCGCAAACCCAACACCUCUCAUCACCCUGAGAACACCAUUUCCACAGUGAAGCAUGGUGGUGGCAGCAUCAUGCUGUGGGGAUGUUUUUCAUCGGCAGGGACUGGGAAACUGGUCAGAAUUUAACGAAUGAUGGAUGGCGCUAAAUACAGGGAAAUUCUUGAGGGAAACCUGUUUCAGUCUUCCAGAGAUUUGAGACUGGGACGGAGGUUCACCUUCCGGCAGGACAAUGACCCUAAGCAUACUGCUAAAGCAACACUUGAGUGGUUUAAGGGGAAACAUUUAAAUGUAUUGGAAUGGCCUAGUCAAAGCCCAGACCUCAAUCCAAUUGAGAAUCUGUGGUAUGACUUAAAGAUUGCUGUACACCAGCGGAACCCAUCCAACUUGAAGGAGCUGGAGCAGUUUUGCCUUGAAGAAUGGGCAAAGAUCCCAGUAGCUAGAUGUGCCAAGCUUAUAGAGACAUACCCCAAGAGACUUGCAGCUGUAAUUGCUGCAAAAGGUGGCUCUACAAAGUAUUGACUUUGGGGGGGUGAAUAAUUAUGCACACUCAAGUUUUCAGUUUUUUUGUCUUACAAGAAAAAAGGUUUUGCAUCUUCAAAGUGGUAGGCAUGUUGUGUAAAUCAAAUUAUACAAACCCCCAAAAAAUCCAUUUUAAUUCCAGGUUGUAAGGCAACAAAAUAGGAAAAAUGCCAAGGGGGGUGAAUACUUUGGCAAGCCACUGUAUCUAGGAGACAACAGAUAUGUUAAGAAUGGCCCGCUGUAAGCAGACGCAUGCCAACCAUGUCAACAAACACCAGAGGGAUACCUUCAACUUUUAUGCCUGACCGUCUGUCCAGUGUGCACUGCAGCUUGGCAUUGUGUGGGAACAGGAAUCCCCAGUUGUGUCUGAUGAUCCGACAAUGUGUCCCUGUUUCCCUGUGGCAAAGGAUGUGUACCAAAUAGCACCCUAUUCCCUAUAGAGUGCACUACUUAUAGGGAAUAGGGUGCCAUUUGGGAUGCUGGCAUAGUGUCUAGUUUUUGCAGUGUGCUGCCUUGACAGCAUCGUCUGUGGUUUAACUGCAUGCCCCUCUGACCCUGAUGGUUCUGACCCUGACGACUGACAGUUUAAUUCAGGAGAAUGGAAUGGACUCCCCCCUUUGACCCAUAAUUGUCUGCCCAACCUGUUAGUGUGGAAUGAAAACAGGCAAUGCUUGUGGACUUGCUGCUUGCUAGGAUGGCUUGUGUUAGCUUGAGUGCCAGUCUCUUUGUGCUAUCAUGUCAACUCAUUGUCACUCAUUGUCUUGCCAAUGUAGUUGGCAAGAGUACAAACUGAAAUGAGACCAGUCUAGGCUUGUGUGCUGUGGAAUAGGUGGACGUUAGGAAUUAAUGUUAGGAUCUGAAAUACUUCGUUGGUCUCCGUCUUCUAUUCUGUCUCUGAGGGAUGUACCUCCCAGGAAGGCCUUAGUCCCCAAAUCCCCUUCAACCAAGCAGAAUACAGUCACCUCUUUGUCAAAAUUGUGGUUGUAGCACAUUAAUUAAAGCAAAGCUGGUGUUGUGUUGGCUCAGGCACGUUGUUGCUACAGUGAUGGACGCUGAUGGUGGUAAACAUAAGGCAGAGGAAGACAGAUAGAAACAUGACAUGCCUACUGUAUAACACUGCAUCUCUCUUCUCUCUUCUCAGCGGCCAGCGUUUACCCAAGAUGCACUGAAUUGUGGUGGAGAGCCGUAA